AUGUUGUCCAAGUUCACCACGACGGCUUUGAUUGCCCUUUCCGGCGCAUGGGUUGCUGAGUCUAGACCUGCAGAGUCUUCGACCACACCCGCGCGUAACAGUCGGCGAUGGCUGCCUGGCUCAGACAAGAUUCGGGGUGUCAACCUGGGAUCCCACUUCAUCAUCGAGAAGUGGAUGGCUGGCGAUGAGUGGAACACCAUGGGCUGUGGGGACACCAACGACGAGUGGUCGUGCGUGCAAGCCCUCGGCCAGGACGCAGCCGACAUCAAGAACUUGGGUCUCAACACGGUGCGGAUUCCCGUCGGGUUCUGGAUCAACGAGGAUCUCGUGAACGAUGGUGAAUACUACCCGAAAGGCGGCCUCGAAUACCUCGACUACAUUGUCGGCAACUGCACUGAGGCUGGACUUUACGUCAUCAUGGACCUCCAUGGAGGGCCAGGGGUGCAGACGCCCAACCAGCAGUUCACCGGCCAUUCGGUAUCGACGCCCGGGUUCUACACCGCGGACAACUACGAGCGCGCCUACAAGUUCCUGGAAUGGAUGACCGAGAGAGUUCACACCAACAGCGCUUACUACAACGUCGGCAUGAUCGAGGUCAUCAACGAGCCCGUCCAGUCAGGGAGCUAUCCCUCCGAGGCUGCCGACAUGAUCGCCAACUACUACCCCACUGCUUGGAGCCGCAUCAGGGCUCGUGAAGAUCAGCUGAGUGUUACCGACAGCAACCGCGUCCACAUCCAAAUGAUGGCGACCGCAUGGGGCUCGGGCGAUCCAAGCUCCAGUCUGACGGACCAGACAUUCGCCGCCUACGACGACCACCGCUACCUGAAGUGGGACACGUCGGUCACAGCCACGCAGGAGGGCUACAUCUCAGCGGCCUGCAGCGACAACCGCGGCGGCGACGACAUCAUCAUCGGCGAGUGGUCCAUCUCGGUCGCCGACGACGUGCAGUACAACGCCGAGUUUGACAUCAAGGACACCGACGCCAACAACGCCUGGUACAAGGACUUCUGGGCGGCGCAAGCCCAAGCCUUCGAGCGCUCCGGCGGCUGGAUCUUUUGGUCGUGGAAGUGCAACUACGAGAUCUCGGGUUUUAAUGAAUGGAGAUGGUGCUGCCAGAGCGCCGCCGCCGCUGGCAUCAUCCCUCAAGAUGCUAGCAGUGCGGCGAGCAUCAGCCCGUGCAGCUAG